UGUAUCACUAAUAAUUUAAUUGUUCUUACUAUAAGAAAGCAUUAUUUUUAUUGCUUGAAUAUGGAAUAUGAGAAGAAAGUCUUCCUCUGCGCUUAUGGAAAUUUAUUUACUUUGUGUACUUUGUGUAUUUUCUAGCGGAGACUUAUUUACUUUCUGUCGCUAGUAUCCCCUAAUACUAUUCGUAUUGCCGAAUUGUAGAACAUGACAUUAAAAAGAUUCGUCCUUUCUAAAAUUAUAAAUUUUUGUCGGUUUUAUUCAUGAGAUUACAGCUGCAAAAUUUGCUACUUUGUUUGAAUUAUUUGUGACAGCUUUUCUUUAAAACAAUAAUUCGGCGGCUGUUCACUUUGCACACAGUUUUAUGCAGCAUUCUAAACAAAAGAUAAUGUCAUUGUAAUGAUGACAGGAUAAUUUUUCCUUUAUUUUCACCCCAGUUUCUUAGACGCGUCUCAUUGUUUCUGCAGAUAUUUGAGUGACCUUGGCAAAUACAUUUUUCAAAUAAAUAAUUUUUAGUAAGUUGUCUGCUACACUAUUUGUAAAUUUUCACUUUCACCCAACCAUAUUGAACUAAACUGUAGAAUUCACUUAUCAUUGCUAUACAAUUGGAACGAAGGAGUUAAUAUUGUGUAUUACUACUUUAAUGAAACUCUUUAAGCUAAUGUCUUUAUAUCUGAAAUUGUAAUUAUGAUAUUGUAUAUAUAAUGAUUAAAUUAUUUCAUUCUGCUCAUUCCUAAAACAUAAAUGCAAACUCACAACUUCUAUACCUUGCUGAACGUAAACAUAAAUUCAUAUUUUCAUGUUAUUUUUAUCAACAUCAUUAUGAAUUAUACCAUAUUGCCCUCGUUGACAUAAGGUUAAAAUAUGGAAUGCCAUUUUCAAUUCUUUGAGAUUGAGACUGCCCUGAUUGUGAAUUGUUCAUAUUUGUAUAAAUUUUAGUUGUAAAUUGCUGCAAUUCUAAUGUUGAUCAGAAAAUAGUUUGUGCCCUCAUUAGUCAAUCCUUUUCAUAAUUCUUUAAUUAUUGAUUUGUUAUUGCUGCAUACAUGUAUCUCAUACUCUUUCAUUGUUUCCAUAGGUUUUCAUUCUAGUUUAUAUUUCUUUAAACUAUUAUUGGUUAAUUUUGUUCUAUUUAUUUGGUUUCCAUUUCAAUUUCCUUAAUUUGACUUAUAUUGGUUGGUUUUCUUCUGUUUAUUUGGUUUCCAUUUCAAUUUCCUUAAUUUGACUUAUAUUGGUUGGUUUUCUUCUGUUUAUUUGGUUUCCAUUUCAAUUUCCUUAAUUUGACUUAUAUUGGUUCGUUUUGUUCUGUUCAUAUGGUUUCCAUUUCAAUUUCCCUACUUUAACUCAUAUUGGUUCAUUUUUUUCUGUUUAUUUGUUGUGCAUUCUCAAUUGGAUUGCCUUUUGUGUCAUUUGUUCAUUUGUUCUACUAAUUUGGUUUUUGUUCUUAUUGGAUUUGGUCCAACUUUUGGUUAUCUGGCUUUCUUUUUAUUACACAGUUGGUUUUGUUGCUUGUGAGUUCACUGGUAGAGGUUUGUUCCUAUCAUUUUACCAAUUUGAGAGAUUUCAAAUUGGUAUCUCUAUUUAUAUUGUUUAUUCUAUUUUCUGCAUUUAAAUGUGCAAUUGUUAACGUUUUAAAUUUGUAGCUCAUGUGAACUGAGGUUUCCAAGUUUUAUUUCAAGUGACAUUGUUCAUUCCUUAUGAUUUAUAUUGUACACUAAUUGGUGCAAAGAACAUUGAAGUUUCUCCGUGAGCAGCCAAAACAAAACUCAUCUCUAUUGACAUCACUGAAAGGGGGGUGUUCAUGCUGUUUUUUUUAAUUUAAUUCUGGAUAUAUGUUUUGACCCAAUCAAUAUGUCUCAUAUAUAUUGAAAUUCUUUUAUAAAAAUUUUACUUAGAUCGAUCAGUAAUAUUUAUCUCUUUUGUUUCAGGAGUUUAUUAACCCCCUUUGAAACCCUCUUAAGCUAUGGGAAAACCUAAAAUUACGUGGACGAAUGACAUGACCGAAACACUGCUUAGUGUUAGGAAAACCGCCUUAGCUAAGAAAGAAAAAGGUGAUGGGCGUGCAUUAAUGAACAUUGUCCUUGAACACUGGCAAGAAUUAUUUCCAAAUUCUAAGGUUACUGUGAAUGCCUUGAAAAUCAAGCUGAGCAAGUUAACUAGGGGGGCAGAAGGCAAGGUACCAACAGCAACUGAAACCGCUGCAAAUAAUGAUAAGCCCAUUGAAACUAAGCAGGAGGAACAGGAAAAGGUCAUGGAUAAUAAAUUGUCCAUCCCAGUUGUUGAGACUGAGGUAACAGAACCUGAGCAAGUUAAGCAAAAGCUUCGAGCAAGGGCAAAGAUAUCAAACCCUCACCCUUUCAGGCAUAGCAAUAAAGGUAGUACUAAACUAUCUGCUAGUAUGAAGUUGGACCUUACUAAUUCCUAUAAAUUAGUAAAAGAAAGGGAAAAAGGUAAGGGAAAGUCAAAGAGGUAUCUAUUUCAGGAAGCUAGAAAAAUUUGGCUUCAGUUAUACCCCUCUUCCUCCAUUGCACUGCGAACCAUAUCUAGAAUUUGCAAAUCGCCAAUGAAACCUAAGAAGGUUUCCUCUCAUCCACCUGAUUUAGGCGACAGUGAUGGACCGCAAUUCUGCAAUGUUCCAGAUUGUACUGGGAGGCUGAAAGGAAUGCGCCAAGCCUCUUCGGAACUGGCAAGUCAGCCAAUCUUUAAGUACAUAUGUUACAACUGUGGUCGCCUGAUACCAUACUCGAAACAUCGAAAUCAUGUCAAUUAUGUCACCUUUGACCCACUUGGCAUAGGCUAUGAAACACCUCCCGUACUUGAUCUUUAUGAUACAAUAGGUGAGCUAGCCUAUCAGAAUAACCGGGGAAGGUGGACAUCUUGUAGAACCUGCAAGAGUGGGCCUAUCGAGUUAUACAACGCUGCAGACCCAGGUACAGGUAAGCUGUAUGUCCCUGAACCUCUUAGGGACUUGGUAUCUCCCUAUGAAAAGGGCCAGAUAUCGUUAGCCGGUAUCAUAUCAAAGAUAGUGAAGCCACGUAGUGAUAGGUUUAAGGUCUGGGAGCACUUCCAAGGUGACGUUAUAACCAGAUCGAAAUAUGACUCCCACUACUACGGUAUGUAUGGAUUCAUGGUUAAGCGUGAUGAAUCUGUAAGUGAAACAAACGUAAUUGCCAAUGAAGUGCAGUUGCGUAUUAAACGUGCUUUAGUAUGGUUACGUAACAAUAAUCCACUGUUUCAGUCAUUUUAUGCUAAUUAUGACACAUUGUAUCGUUUUGACCCUGACAAGGUACUACACUUGCACAAGGCUACAGACUUUGCUGCAAAUUUCAACAAAACAGUGGACAGUCAUAUGCACGACGAAUCUAGCGGUAUUGUUACAAACUUGGAUGACUGCGGAAUUCCCAAUUUCUUGAACGAAGGAGCUGAUCAAGCAGGAAUACAGCAUCCAAUUGCCGCUCAAAUGAACAAAAGUCUGCACGAACUGAAGCAGCUUACUAGGGUCAACUACUCAGAUCCAAAGUUGGAGGCAAAACUGUGGCCACACCUGUUUCCUUUCGGAAUUGGGGGCUGGUCGCAGGAUACUUGCAUGAAAGCUGGAGAAUACCUCAAGCAUGUGCUUCUGAACAAAGAUGCCAGAUGGCGGAAGGACCCAAGCUUCUCCUUUCACUGGUAUGACAGGCAGAUCAAGAUGAAGCUUUUCUACAUUGCAAAAGCUCGAAAGGCCAAGCGUGUCGACAGAGUAGACGCACUUACUAGCUUACAGCUACACGAGUCAACGUUCUAUGACAAACUUGGACAAAUUGUUCCAGCGACAAUAACUGGUUCAAGAAGUUACUGGAACAGUAAAACGUUGGACCUGCUUGCUUUGAGCAGAAAACUUGGACAACCGACCUUCUUUGUGACUUUGACACAAAACGACAACUGGCCUGAAAUACAGAACCAUAUCAUAAAUGGUCCAGGUCAUGUACAGCCUAUGAUUGACGUUGACAGUGAGUACGAACUGCGGGAUAUCCAUCCAAGCAGGGAGUAUUCAGUUGAAACUGUGACUGCAUACAGCAAUAGGCUUAAGUUGUUCAAGGAGAAGGUUAUCAACAACUCUAAUGGCCCACUAGGAAAAGUCAUCGACUGGUGGGAUCGUAAGGAGUUCCAAGGUAGGGGUGCCAUUCACAACCAUAUGGUUGUGUGGUGCGACGAAAAAACAAUCCCUGACCAUGUGGUUUGUGCUGAAAUUCCAAGGGGUAGCGAACUAAACCCUACUGUAAAUUCACUAAAGUCUUUUGUUCGACGUCUACAGGUACACAGAUGUCGCAAGGACAAGUGUUUCACCAGUUCUCAUGGCAAGCCCCUCAGGAAAUGUAAGUAUGGUUUUCCAUACCCAGUUCAGGAGGAGGAGAGGUUGAACAAUGCUGGCAACAGAUUUCUACCUCGACGCAGAUGCCAUGAAGACAUUUUGGUUGUUCCCUACAAUCAAGAAAUACUCUACCUGUGGGGAGCACACAUGAACAUCCAGAAAGUUACAGCAUCAGGCUGGGAAAUGUACCUGGCCAAGUAUGUUGCUAAAAGCGAGCCUUCCUUUCAGCUGGAAGUAUCAAAGGAUGCCUCUGACACAGAGAAGUAUAUACGAACCAGGGUGGUAGGUCGAUUGGAAGUUGACCACAACAACCUUGGUCAUUUUCUAUGCUCUUCAAAUAGGGAGGUAAUUUAUCUUCCUACAGACCUUGAACCUGUAUACGGCUUUGUCAAGCGUAAGAAGGAUCUUCCUUGCAAUCCAGACAGUGAUGAUAUUUUUUAUUCUAAUCUGUUGGAUAAGUACAUGGAACGCCCUCAACAGCUCGAAAACGUUUUAUACGUUGACUGGGCUGAGAAAUAUUUAUUAGACAGAUCUAAUAAUAGUCGUCGUUCUAAUUUACAACAGGAUGAUGACAACUCAGAUGAGGAAGACACGUCAGACGUACGUCCGGCAGUCCUCGUUGACCGAAUGGGUAGAAGAUGGAAACAGCGCAAGGUUGAAGCUGUUGCCCGCUGGAGAUUCUACCUUCCAAAUGGUGAAAACCAGGAGAACUACUACAUGCAGAAGCUGGUGUUGAAUCUGCCUUUGCGGAAAGAAACGCCUGUCAUUUCUCCAAACAACGUGUCAAAAACGUACAUGGAAGAGUGUGCCAUUCGUAACCUGAUUGAAGAGCAAGACGACGCCAUGACUGCUCUCCAGGAUGCCAGGCAAAGAGGGUUCUCACUCGCUCGUCUGCGCAAGAUGGCACAAUCCUUACGGGACAUGGACUGGAUCGGUGAAGACGAAUUCAAUACGUUCAUUGAUGAGGUAACAACUGCCCAUCGAGCCGAUGCAGUCGAAGAUGAAGAAGAAGUCACUGAUGCUGACUUCAAUCCAGAUCAUGCAGAUCUAGGUAACCUUAGGGUCAAUGACAAUCGCAUUGACCUGCCAGAAUUUGAGCAGACUCUGUCACCUUCACAGAGGCUUGCUUAUGAUUAUAUUACACAGUUUCUCUCGACAGGUAAACAACUGUUGACUGCCAUUGUGGGAGAAGCUGGUACUGGCAAGUCAUACCUUCUCAAGGGUAUAAUGGAACAUGCUACCAGUGUGCUUCAUCUGAAUGCUAGGAAGCUGGCAACAACAGGUGCAGCAGCCUACCUUAUUGGAGGAGAAACGGUGCAUCACUUCUUUAAAAUGAACAUUGAAGCAAAAAGCCGUUUGGAGACAGGUACAAUUGAAUAUGAACUUGUCUCAAACACCAAUGUACUAAUCAUUGAUGAAUUUUCUCUCUUAGAAUUGACGCCGUUUUUGGUGAUCGACAAGAUUCUAAGAGAUAUGGCACCGACCAUUAAUCAACAGCAUAUGCCAUUUGGAGGAAAGCACAUCAUUUUGAUGGGUGAUCCUGCACAACUUCCAGCCAUUGAGCGUGACAUAUUUGAUUCUUUCUUGUGGAGGAAAUUCAGUAUUGUGAUGCUCAAGGAUAUAAAGCGUCAAGAUGAUGAGACGUUUCAACAUAUGCUAUCCACUAUACGUCUUGGUAAGACAAACAGUGAGAUUGAUCACAUUCUUAGAUCUAAAGUUGUUUCAAUUGAUGAUAUUGAUGCUAUUGAUCUAAGUAAUGCAGCCAUUAUUUGUUCCUUUAGAAGGGAGCGAAACCAUUGGAAUAGUAUCUUUCUAGACAAGCUUGAUACAGAACCUUUUACAUUUGAUGCUACUGAUUCAGAUGUAACAGGCAAUCCUCUUUCAGAAGCUGUUAGAAAAAAGAUACGCUCUUAUCACAAAGAACGACUCGAGGACACCCUUGCUCUAAAGGUAGGUGCGAGAGUUGUUCUUACCAAGAAUAUAGAUGUUGAACACGGUUGGUUGAAUGGUACAAUCGCCAACGUUGUAAGUAUUCGACAAAACUAUAUUACUAUUGAAAAUGUCAAAACUGGCAGGAAGACUGUGGUGACCAGGAUGAAGCAGAGUCUUUCAUUCCCUGGAUCCGCAGUUCAGUAUGUACGUACUCAAUUCCCCUUGCUUCUAGGAUGGGCAUUGACCGUUCACAAAGUUCAGGGUAUGACGCUUGAGAAGGCAUACAUAUUGCUGAACAAGAACUUCUUUGCCAGCGGCCAGGCGUACGUUGCUCUGUCAAGAGUCAAGUCGCUAGACAACCUUCACUUGCUCGACUACGAUCCAGGUGCAGUGCUUCUCAAACCAUUCUACAGAGACCUGCUCGAAUGGAUGAAGCGAAAGGAUGAAAUACGGGUUGAUCGGGAUGGCGACAGUUCAGUUGAGCCAGAAUACCCUAUGCGACCCCCUGAAUCUCCUAAAGACAAAAAGAAUUCCAAGAGGCCUUGGAAAAAGAUGGACAGACAUCCGCCAGUGCCACCUAAAAAACCGAAAACCUGUAAUGCAGGUCAGAAGGAGCCGGCGGAGCAGUCUACUUCAAGCAGACCACCAUCUAAGACGAAGAAGUCCAAAAAAGGCAAUGAGGGUACAAGGGAGCGGCAAAUAUCUGAGAUAUUUGGCGACCACCACAACCUUCAAGCUCUUUGGAAUGCUAUAAACUUUCCUUUACAUGCAUCAGUAGACACGUAUUUACAAUACAGUGCUCAGUUUGAUGCAAUCAUUGAUAUACUGCGUGGCAUUGAUGUACUAAUGUAUAUUGAUCUCCCUUACAGACCGAUUGACUACCAGCAACAAGUACUACUCCACCCUGUGCUUCAAGGGUACUUGCGAGCAGUGAAGACAGUCGGUGAUGGAAGCUGCCUGUUUUAUUCCAUCUGGAAGCAGCUGUUCCCUCAUCGCGAAACAAUUGACAUUGCGAAGUUCAUGAGACAGAUAACGUUGUACACGUUUACAAGAAUGAGCAACAUUUCAGACAGCUGCAACAUCAAUUCGGCUUUGAACGCACAUACCAGGAAUAUGUGAACGAAAUCAAAGGGCUGCAUGAGUAUUGUGGUGAUUUUGCACUGCUUGCCCUCGCCGACUUGCUCAACCGGCCCAUAUAUUAUUACCAGUCUUUUCUGAUGAGAGGCACACAAAUAUAUCACUUUGACGAUGCGAGUUUCGAAGAAUUAGUUGACCAUUUCAACAUACAUUCUCACGGAACGAUGCAACAUUGGCUUUAUCCUCCGUUAAGGGAUGCCUAUGACGGGCGCACGCCGUUGACUAUCUUAUUCAGUCAUGCUCAUUUCACAGCAUUACUAAAGGCAGAGCCACAUGAGGAUCUGGUUCCCACAACCAAUAUGUUCAACAUUGAACAAGUCUUGGGAGCUGAACCCCCACGUGAAUAAAGAAGAUUUAUGCACGUGGACUCCGAAGAGAACAACAAUGAUCAUGAUUUUCAACUAUGGCUCACUCAUAAUUCUUGUUUUACCACGAUCCCGACGGCCUACUAACAAGAUUUAGAACAACUGUUCUCCUGAGCCCAACCGGUAGUCCCUCAUUUGAUGGCUACCACUAAGCCUUAUACACGUGCAUCAUUGGGUUCUAGGCCAAUAAAGUGUAUAUUCAUAUGAGCAUUGAAUUUUCUUUGCUUAUAAGCGGGAUCUGGAGCCAUUAGUUGACAGUGGUGUUCCAUUGGGACACCACCAUCUUACGAGAUAUUGAUGAUCAGUGAGACCACUUUCCUUAAAAUGCUGCUGCUAAGGGCAGCUCACAACAAAUCAUAGAACAAAUCACAUCAAAGAGGUAUGAUCAAACUCUGGGUUGUCGAAUAGAAUUCCCACCUUGUCUCUUUUUUUGGUAGAGAAACAUUGCAUGAUUGUACUCGUACGGGCUUCUAUAUUUUCAAAUACCCAUGAUUGGUUUGAUUUAUUUUGUGUUCAAAAAUUCGCAAGUAAAAUUAUUGACAAAAUCAUUUUGAUUGAGAAUAUACUCAUCUUAAAGCUCAUCUUAAAGCUUAGUUCAGUCGAAAGUAUAUUACUCCUAACUUUAAUUGUUUCACAAUGAUGUUGCCCUAGAUUGCCUUUACCUCAAAAUCAAAAUUUUCACAUCCAGUUUGAAACAUGUGAGAUUUUAAAAAGUGGGUCCACCUUCAAAAUAAUUGAAAUGCUAAACAUAUUUAUUUAUUUGCAAUUGUCUACUCCGCAACUUUGCACUUGACAACCCCCUCUCCCCUGCAAAUUAAUAAAUCUAGUGCUGCCCCCUGCCAAUUCUAUCCGACUUCCCAGAGUAUCUUUUUUCUUUUACAUAAUCUGCAAAUAAUUCAUUGUUAUAUUUGUUAUAUUAUCUAUAUCUAAUUAUUUGAUUAUUCGAGAGAAUGAUAUUACAGGCAAUCGACAGAUAGAAAGAAAAUAAUGUCAUAACUACUUUUCGGACAAGAGCAGUUAACAUGAUUAUAUAAUUGAUGAUUUUAGAGGUCUCUAUUAUAAAUUUCAUUUUCAUGGCUAAUUUUAUGAACGUUACCCCCUAAGUGAUUGAGUGACGGCUUUAGGCCCUUAAAUAUCUGUCGAUUGCCUUUUACUACCACCUUAUCUCCAGUAAAUGCACAACUUCAGCCAACGUGCUGGCUGUUUUUACAUAGCAUCCAAAUGUGAUACAACUAUAGGUAUUUAUUGUACCUGAAUCAUGUUUCUAUUGCAAGAAAUUUUUGAAAACUAUAUUCUAUAAAUUUUUCAAAUGGGCUCCAAAUGAGUUUUGCUAAAGCAACAUGCAACACACUAGGCUUUUUGUAAUGGCACAUCUUUGGCGACUCCUUAAAAAGGUAUCAACUAUAGAGGUUGCUUUGAAGACGCUGGUUUUAAUAAGCUCAUUUAAUUAUGAAACAUCUUUCUAUUUAUACACCACAACCCCUAUGUAAAACGUGAAUAUGUCAAAUAAGAUAAUAUGCAUUGGAAUUAAUAGAUAUUGAGUAAUACCUUUAGCCUCUUUACUCAUUUAAUUAUGGGAGGAGCAUUGAUCUUGAUGUACUUUGAUUCAAAGCUCUCAUUGUAUCUUGUAGAUAUAAUUAUUCUCAGAUGACAAAUGUACAAAAGUAACGAAAUUUAAUAUGUUUUUAGUUUUAGAAAUUAUUCACAUUUAUUGAAUGGAUUGAGAUAGAAUUUCAUAUCAAACAGAAUGAUUGUAAGAUUAUUUUAAACAUACUUGAACUUAUAAAAAACUAUGAAAAUUAUCCAUGAUAUAUUGUGACUAAAGUGAUGAUGAACUCAGCUGAACACAUAAAAGAAGAGACAAUACUGGGCUGGGUCUUUGAAUAGUCAAUCCUAGAACAGAGAGUGAAAUGAAGUGUCAGCUUGCCUUAAGUAGCAAAACUGGCUGGAGAACUUGUGCUGAAAGACCUGAAGCUAUGUAUCAUGACUUUCUAUAUUUUGUUGCCGUCCUGAAAUCGAGCAACUAAUGAUAGAGCAUCCUUCAUUGGCAGUAUCGGCGAGUUACUGUCAAGUCGUUCAUAAUUAUAAACAUUGGAUGGUAUUGAUAUCAACAAGCUAUUCAUCUUUUUAUAAAACUGAAAGAACAGAGAAACUAUGAAAGAUGUGCACUCAGCUGUCACUGCGGUAAGGGCAAUCAAAGACGACGUUCUACAUAUGAUACGGCGUUGUAUGUAGAAUGAUAUGGUCAGGCCCUAUAAUUUCUCUGCAUUCUAUUUGCUUAAAUUGUGACUGUGUCAUUUUGCAGGCGAAAGGUACCAAUACGUACGUAACUGCUGGAAAGAGAUAUUGCAUGAUGAAUUUUGAGAUAACAACUAACUAUGAAACUUGUCUACAGUUAUGAUUGUUUUUGCAGUUUUGCAGUACUGUUUACCCAGUGGGCGUAACAAGCUUACCACUUCUUACCACUCUCUCUAUUCAUGGCUCUGUGCGGGGGAACAAGCAGGAGAACUUCGGAAAAAUCUGGAAGAAGUGAUGACUAAAAGUAGAAAAUUUUUAUGAUAAUACAAAGUUAAUACGACUGGUUUGUUUCAAUGAUUCAUAGCUUUUAUACUUUAUUUAUUAUAUACAACUGUCUUUUUCAUUGAUGAACUUUAUUUUAUCUUGAAAUCCAUUGUCAUUGUUUUAGAAGCACCGCA